GGUCAUGCUGGGUAGCUGUGGGGGAAGCUAUUGGCAGCUUCAUCCCUGGAUCCUCCUGUGGACAGUUCCCAGUGCCAGAAGCAUCCAGAAAAGCCACCAGAAAAUGAUGCUUUGGAUGAGGAGAACAUCUGAAGAGGCUGCAGGAAACGGCUGUGGCCACACGCUGUUGACACCCCACAGUGGCACUCUGAGCUCCAAGAACUACCCGGGCACAUAUCCUAACCACACCAUGUGUUGCUGGCGGCUUCAAGCUCCCCCGGGUACCUCCCUGCUCCUGGCAUUCGGGGAUGUGGAUCUGGAGCCCUCGGAGCAGUGUGCCCACAGCUCCUUGCUGCUCGCUGACCCCCAGACCGGCACUGCCUACGGGCCCUACUGCAGGAACUCCGUCCCUUCUGCCCCACUCCUGGUGACAAACUCCAGCACCGUGACCGUCCUGUUCAACAGCACCAGCCACCGCUCGGGACGAGGCCUCCUUGUGUCCUAUGCCACCUCGCAGCACCCAGACCUGGUCUCCUGCCUUGUUCGAGGCACCCAUUACACCCAGGAGCAUAUCAGUGUGUACUGCCCUGCGGGCUGCAAGGACAUCCAUGGGGACAUCUGGGGCAACCCGAGCCAGGGCUACCAGGACACAUCGGUGCUGUGCAAGGCAGCUGUGCAUGCUGGGGUGAUUGCGGAUGAACUGGGAGGGCAGAUCACCCUGUCUCGGGAGAAGGGAAUCACACUCUAUGAGUCAGCCUUUGCCAACGGGCUCCGCUCCAAAAGGGGAUCUCUGUCCGAGAAGCGACUUGUAUUCCAUAAAGCCUGUGAUGAUGUUCUGGAGGUGGUCACCUUCAAUGCCUCGUCCUGGUGGCAUGAGGUGGACAUGCUGGGCCAGGACCGAGCCUGGGUGGCUGAACGGGCAGCACUUAACACCACUGGCCACUCCUGGGCAGCUGAACCCGGUGCCAAGGCUGCCUGGCUGGAGCUGGACCUGGGCACCCGAAGGAAUGUCACAGGCAUCAUCACAAAGGGUUCCUCCGAGCAGCACGACUACUACGUGACGUCCUACCAUGUCUCCUCUAGCCGCGACGGGAAGAAUUGGAGACCCUACAGAGGCAGCAGUGGUCAGGAGGACAAGGUGUUUGAAGGAAAUGCUGACAACCAGGGGGAGGUCUCUAAUGCCUUUAUCCCCCCCAUCGUCGCCCGCUACAUCCGUGUCACACCACAGAGCUGGCACCAGCGCGUUGCCCUCAAGGUGGCCCUGGUGGGCUGCCAGCUGGCACGGGUCCGCGUGCCCCAUCCCUAUGUGCCCAGUGUCCCCAAGGAGGUGCUUGAACCCACCAGCCACGCAGCCAGCUGCACCCCCAUCCCUGGCAUCGCUCUUGACCCGGAGAAAGCAGGCUCCACACUGCUGGUGAUGCUGCUUAUUGGUGGCUUUGUGCUACUCUGCUCCUGCCUCCUGCUCCUGGCUUUCCUCUGCCACAGGAAGAGGAAGUCAGAAGUGGAGCUGAACUGCAGGAUCACAAAAGGGUACCCCAAGCUGGAGUCGAGCCAGGUCUGCUCCCUGCAGAGCAUGCCAACCCCCAGUCCAGCCUCCUUCCCCACAGCCCCCACACCAGGGGACCUCAGCUGGACCCAUUCGCCAGAGUACACUGAGCCAGACCUGGUGCAGGUGAGCCCCAGCAGCCAGACGGGUCCCUCCACCUUCAAGCUGCUCUUGGAAGAGGGCUACGCUCUACCACUGGUCCUGAACCACUAUGACGUCCCAGGGAAGCACCAUGAGUACGCGGAGCCGCUGCCGCCAGAGCCUGAGUACGCCAUGCCAUUCAGUGAGCUGGAGCCCACCGGGAUGCGCCACAGCACCUGCAUCAUCACAGGAGCUGCCGGGUGCCCCCCAGUGCAGUACCAGAGCCCUGCCCCGCGGCCCGGGGAGCUGCCAGCUGCGGCGCAGGGGACCGGCAGCCCCUGUCCUGAGGGGGCCCGUGCGUGGCCUGGGCACUGUCCCCUCACGCACGUGUACCAUGAAGCUUUGUAAGGAGGGGAGUACAGCAGCACGAUAUUGGGCAGGGGGAAGGCACAUAAAGGAGGACCUUCCCCGUGCUCACAGUGGGCUUUUUUAAAGUAAUCAUAUGUAAAUCUAUGUUUUAUAUAUAGAAAGACAGAUAUGGAGUGGAGUGCCCUGCACUGCCUGCUGGCCGGAGAUGCAGUCAAUCCACCGGGCUAGAGUGUUAAAGUCCUUGUCUCACCUUUCCCACCGUCUGCGUGUCAUAACUUCCCUCCCGCCCCAGCCUGGCAGCCGCUCGUGGAGACGUGAGGCAAUACCGCGGGGCACCACGAGCCCGCCGCAGCGCACACGCCGCCCAAAGCCGUUCUCUGCCGUUCUCUGCCGUUCACCGAUUGGGGCGCGCCGGAACAGGCGGUUACCGGCAGCCCUCCCUCACAAAAAUUGUGCUUCCGAAAUCUCUUGAUGUCGAUUCCGCGCGGGCGGCGCGCGGCCCCCCCCGUGCCACGCACGGCAGAAGCCCUUUUUAAAGCGCCAGGCUGCCCCCGCUCAAAAAGGGAACGCGCCGGUGUACCGGCCAGGACAGGGCGACAGACGCCGCAGAUACUAAACAUGAAGUUCGGUAUUUCUAUUCUUUCA